UACUCCAUUGAGGCAAGCCCCCUAAAAUGUUUAUGGAGCUUGGAAGAUUUCUGAGCGGACUUCAACAAAGUAACCAAACGGAGGUAAAGCGCCACAAUAACUUGGAUUCCGGGCCGGAAAAGAUGUUGUAGUCUUCGCCUGUGAGCAGCUCGGACUUCUGGAGAAACAACCCCGUCAUCAUGGAGCUGGACGAGAAGAAGAAAUAUGGUGAUCCCAAAAAAUAUGACCCGUCCUUCAAGGGCCCCAUCCAGAACAGGGGCUGCACAGACAUCGUCUGCUGCAUUCUCUUCAUCAUCGCUGUACUGGGCUAUAUUGCAGUGGGAAUCCUAGCCUGGUCCCAAGGUGAUCCAAGGAAGGCGAUCUACCCCACAAAUAGUCGAGGCGAGUUCUGUGGGCAGGCCGGUUCUGAACUAGAGAAGAAGCGGCUGUUGUUCUACUUCAACAUCAUGAAGUGUGCCAGCCCCAUGGUGCUGCUUUCCUUCCAGUGUCCAACCACACAGAUGUGUGUGGAGAAGUGUCCCGACAAGUUCAUGACCUUAGUCAAAGCCUACACCAACAAAAAGGACUUUGAGUACUACAAAACCUUCUGCAAGGACGGUGUGAAAGACGAUAUGGGCACACCAGCAAUUCUGAGAGACGGUCUCUGCCCCCCCAUGCUGAUCCCCAGCAAGUCAUUCACCCGUAGGUGCUUUCCAUCUUUGGGCUUGAAAGGAGGUAUAAUAACUAUAGGAAACAGCACCACGUUUGAUGACGGACUAGGAAAGACUGACAGACCGGCCAAGGAUCUUGUGGACGGCGUAAAGAAUGCCACUGUGGUUAUGGAGGCUCGUCAGGUGGUUAUAAAAAUCUUUGAGGAUUAUACGCAUUCCUGGUAUUGGAUCCUCAUUGGGCUGGUUAUUGCCAUGCUCGUCAGCCUGCUUUUCAUCGUCCUCAUGCGCUUCCUGGCCAGCGUCAUGAUCUGGUUCAUAAUCAUCGCUGUGAUACUUGUAAUAGGAUACGGCAUCUUCCACUGCUACAUGGAGUACGCUGACCUGAAGGGGGAGCCUGGUGCUAAUGUGACACUACAGGAGUUGGGCUUCCAGACCGACUUCUCGGUCUACCUGCAAGUCAGACAAACAUGGCUGGCCUUCAUGAUUAUCCUGGCCAUUGUGGAGGUCAUCAUCAUCCUGCUGCUCAUCUUCUUGAGGAAGAGGAUCCUCAUUGCCAUUGCUCUCAUCAAAGAGGCCAGCAGAGCCAUUCGCCACAUAAUGUGUUCCCUGUUUUAUCCACUGUUCACUUUCCUCCUCCUGGCAAUAGUCAUCGCUUACUGGGCAGUAACUGCUGUUUUCUUGUCCACCUCCAAUGAGCCCAUCUACAAAGUGAUGAACGAGUCGGCGUGUCCGCACUCUGCAGAAACCUGUGAUCCAGCCAACUAUUCAACGAAUCAGAUGAAGAAGGACUCUGAUUCGGAGUGCCUGUUUGCCUUCUACGGGGGAGAAACGGUUUACCACAAAUACCUGAUCGGCCUGCAGUUCUACAACGUCUUCCUCUUCUUCUGGUGUGCCAACUUGGUCACCCUGCAGAAGACAAGGCCGAACCCCCAGGCUAUGAACGCCCUGAUGGAUGCUGAUCAGCUGAAGCCGGGUCUCCAGUAUAAACUCGUAUCCCAAACCGGGCCCGUUCAUGUUCCGGUCUUUACGAUGGCCGUGGAGGUGGACGGAAAGACAUUUGAGGCUUCUGGCCCAUCCAAGCGCACUGCCAAGCUGCACGUAGCUGUCAAGGUACUGCAGGACAUGGGCCUGCCCACUGGGGUGGAAGUGAAAAGUACCGAACCAGCUGUUAAAGUGGAAGAAGCGGCGGUACCGGUCACGGCAGAAGAAGUAAAACCGACAGUAGCAGCCACUGAAUCUUCCACUGCUGCCACCGGAGCGGCUGGUGCUGCUCCUGAAUCUACUGAGAGCGCUCGCCAACAGGGACCAAUUCUGACUAAACACGGCAAGAACCCCGUGAUGGAGCUGAACGAGAAGCGGCGGGGCCUCAAGUACGAGCUCAUCUCAGAGACGGGCGGCAGUCACGACAAGCGCUUCGUCAUGGAGGUGGAGAUAGACGGGCAGAAGUUCCAGGGCACAGGGUCCAAUAAGAAGGUGGCCAAGGCCUACGCAGCCCUGGCUGCCUUGGAGAAGCUCUUUCCUGAAGGCUCUGUUCCUGAGCCAGCCAAAAAGAAGAAGGGACCGCCCAUGCACGCAUUUGGCAUGAUGGGCGGCAUGGAUGCUGGCGCACCCAGAGGUAGAGGGAGAGGACGAGGUCGUGGAAGAGGCAGAGGCUUCAAUAAUGGCGGCGGCUACGGCCAAGGAGGUGGCUUUGGAACGUAUGGAUAUGGGAACAGCGCUAACUCUGGCUACAAUUACUACGACCAUAGUGGGGCAAAUGGAGGAGCCGGGGUAUCGAGCAGCCUCUCAGGCGGCCUUCCCUUCGGCUCCACAGAGGCGCCGGCUCCGAGCUACGGUUCAUAUUACCAAAACGAAGGAUCCUACGCUGCCCUGGGUGCCAACAAAAUGGCCAAAAAGAAACCCCCGGUGCUGAAGGGUGGGAAGGCAAACAUUCCUGGUCCCCCUAGGGGACCCGCAGGGCCUCCAGGAGGCUAUCUGUCAAGCGUCUCCGCAGGGCAGGGCUCCUACAGCCAGUAUGGGCCAGUCAAGAAGACUUUCAGCCAGAACCAGGGGGGUGCAGGUGGUUAUUCCUACAGCACCGCCUACCCAAGCCAGGUGACAGGAGGCGCUGGAGGGAACCAGGAAUACAAUUACGACGGCUUCAACCCCCAAUCCACCUACGGCGCGCAGGGAGGUGGCAACCAGGGCUUCGGCUCCAACCACUCUCAGUACCACAACCCCGGCUUCGGCAGGGGUGAAGGCAGCAUGGGUUACCAGUACAGAUAGGUUGUCACCAGUCCGUGAGCAGCACCCUGCGUCAGUGUUCUCGGCCCUUCUCCAAAGAGAGCGAUGGAAGACUUGCCUGUGCUCUUUGCCUUUUCCAUGUUUGCUUCCUAUGUGCUUUCGGUUUUAGAUGUAGCACAUGUUGGCACACUUUGAGAUAUGUGGACUUUUCAAAUGUCUUGAGCUGAGCUAUGGUUGAACUAGUGGUCUGUUUCAGUGGCGCGACGACUUCCAAGUCUUGUUUUGGUUUUAUUUAUUUUCUUGAUCUUUUGCUCCUGGUCCUUACCACCUAAUAUGAAGACUGAUGUGACAAACUUGGUGUUAAGUCAUGACUUUAGUUUCCUUCUUGAGAUGGCUGGAAAAAUGUGAAAAGCAGUUUAACCAUAUUUUUAUGACUCUUAUUUUUUUUUUGGCUCCAUUUUGUGGUAAUUACAAUGUACCCAGGUAGCUUUUUUUUCCCCUUCCAGCCGUGGUUGUGAUUUUUGACUGUUUUUGUUAUUUACCUGAUGUAAUGUGGUGAUUUCUCAGUCUGAUUUUUCUGGAUAACUGGAACAUAUAUUCUGCUGUUUAAAUCCACAGCUCUGCUCAAUGUAGCUUUUAAACUGGGUGGGGUUUUCUCUUGUUAAUGUGUUUUUAUUAAUAAAUUCUUUUUAUUUUGAAUUAACAGUUCUA